CGCCAAAUGCUCCCUGGCUAUACUUGUGUCAAGCGUCUGUCUGGUAAUACGCUGACAGUCCUCGUCGCCGUCACCGUGAUCGUCGCAACCGCUCCUCGCUACGGUUGGCAAUCACCUGGGACCGGCCCUGUCCACCCUUUUAUUUGUUGCUCCCGUACAAUGGAGGCGACAUUGCUCGUCACAUGAACUCGCAUAGUCACACAUGUCCCAUUCCACAAGUUGGUCGUAUACAUCCAUCCAUACGUUGGUGACGUGCUUCUUCUUUUGUGCCAAUUACUGCUCGAUGCAGACCUGGCGUCCUGCACU